AUGGCACCAUCAACACCCCCUCUUUCCUUUGCCAAUAUGACGGCCUUAACAACUGUGGGCAACAAAGGGCAUUUAGAGUCCACAGACCCUUGGUCUGUCAAGGAGGACCGUCAGGCUGGUAUCUUCGCCUGGGUCAUCAUAGGCAUUAUAAUGAACGCCUUCAUUAUGCUCGUCAUAUGCGACAUGAUAAAGAAGUAUCAAACCGGAGAACUCCAAGACGAAAUGAAGACCCUUGGCAGAAUCUUCGGCCACCUCCUCACUCUUCCCUGCAGGUUGUGCACGAAGGACAAUAUCAUGCCCCUCUGGUACUCCAUCACCAACAGAUUCCAGCCCCUAGAGAAACAGCGCCACUGGAAGACCAAGGAGGAGUUGGAAAAGGAGGCGAAGGAAGAGCAAGAUGUGAAAGCUGGCAUCAAGAAGCCGCUCAACAGCGAGGAUUCUAUCGCAAGACUUGGCGGUGGCUGGCCCCCAAAGAACCGCCGGGGCAGUACAAACCGCAAGGGGAGGAGCCUUGAAUUACAACGUCUUCCCAGUAUCGCCAAACUCUCCGAGGAAAACAUGGGACUCCCUAGGAUGGGAGGUCGCUCUCACAGCUUCAGGAUUCCCGAGAUCAUGCCUUCCAGACUCUCAGGCGAUGUCUUCCAGCUCACUGCUGUCCCCAUUUCUGGUUCGGGUGCAGACAGCCCUUCGCAGGUGACGGUUAUCUUCAAGGCUGAGUCGAGCCGGGACCAGCGCAGACAGUCGGAGUGCUCUCAGGCUGAAUCGAGCAUGGUUGUAGAAACGGGUGGCGAGCGGGAGACCAUAGUCGAGAAGGAUGCUACCGGCGGGAAGAAGUCAAGUGGAGAGGAUGGCACAGGAGAGAAGAAGGAGACAAAGUCUAUGAAAGAUACCGAUGUCGUGGACGAGGCCAGCGCCAAGGAUCGCAAGAGCUCAAGUCGGCAGAAAGCUGGCGAAACCAGCGGUACUCAAAGAGACUGA